AUGAGCUCCGAGACCACCGGCCGUCAACAUGUGGCACCAGCAAGUAUCCGUGAUGCCUUUUCCCGGGCCAUGUCUGCUAUGUACACGACUGAGGUCCCCCUAUACGGAACACUGUUGUCUCUUGUUUCUCAAGUCAACAAAACGACCCUUGAGCAGGAUGAUUCACUACGCCGACACUUGGAGGCCACAGAUGACCUAGCCCGCAUCGACCUGGAACGACACGGCGCCAUCAGAGUUGGGACCCCGGCAGAACUUCAUUCAGUGCGACGCGUGCUUCAGCCAAUGGGCAUGCUUCCAACUGGGUAUUACGACCUGUCCGCAGCGGGGGUACCAGUGCAUGCAACGUGCUUCCGGCCUCACAGCGCAGCGGAGUUAUCCAAAAAUCCAUUUCGCUUGUUUGUUUCUCUGCUGCAGCCGAACCUGAUCCCAGAUGAAAGGAUCCGAGCCAUGGCUAUGGAGACUCUUGGUCGUCGCCAGAUCUUCUCGUGUCGCAUGUACGAGAUCCUGGACAUAUACGAGAGCUGUGGUGGCCUUACAAAUGUCGAGGCUGAGGAGUUCGUGCAGGAAGCCAGGGAUGGCUUCCGAUGGCAUGCUAACGCUGCUGUUCCUCACGACGACUACCUACGGCUUCUGCGCGAGAAUUCUGUCCUGGCUGAUAUUGUCGCUUUUCGGUCACCUCACAUCAACCAUCUUACUCCUCGCACCCUGGACAUAGAUGUGGUACAGUCCGAGAUGCGCGACUGGAAUAUCCCGCUCAAGGAAUACGUCGAAGGUCCGCCGAAAAGGAAGUGUCCGAUUCUACUGCGACAAACCAGCUUCAAAGCCAUCGAAGAGCCGAUUCAAUUCCCAACGGACACAAAGGGCCCCACAAACUCGGCUAAUGCUGUGUUUGGGCAUCAUACAGCCAGAUUUGGAGAGAUCGAGCAGCGGGGUGUGGCCUUGACAGUCAAUGGGCGUCAGAUGUACGACUCAAUGUUGCAAUCGGCGUUGCAGGAUGGAAUCACAGCGGUGCAUGCAGACGCAUAUUCGCUGAAAUUUGCUGACUUCCCCGACUCAUGGGAGCGUCUACGUGCGGAAGGCCUGGCGUGGUUUCAAUACCGUGUUGAUUGGGACAAAAUGCAGUCGGCAGGGACUCUGAAAUCCAAUGAUCUUGAGAAUCUGAUUCAAUCUGGUUAUGUGGUAUACGAGCCCAUAAUUUACGAGGAUUUCCUCCCUGUCAGCGCAGCAGGCAUCUUCCAGAGCAAUCUUGUCAAUCCUAGGGCGACUAACGGCGGGUCGCCCGGAUCGGUUCCUUGCAGUAACAAACGAGAAUUUGAGCUUGCCCUGGGCGUAGAGAUUAUGGACGAGAUGAGGCUAUACAAAAAGAUCCAGGACGAUAGUCUGGCGAAAUGUCGUCAAUGUGUUCGAGACUUUGGGCAGGGGAUAAUCACAAAAUGA